AUGAACGGGUUACCGCCCACGCCGGUGCAAUGGCAGGAAGCACGCGCUCCAGACGGCCGCACCUAUUACUACAAUGCUAUGACCAAGGAAACAACAUGGACCAAACCGGCAGAUCUCAUGACCCCGAUGGAGAAAGCGCUCUCUUCUCAGCCGUGGAAGGAAUUCUCGACACCUGACGGCCGAAAAUAUUACUACAAUGGAGAGACGAAACAGACAGUGUGGGAAAUGCCUGCCCAGUACCGAGAUGCCCUCAACUCCGUGCAGCUCCCUCCCAAACCUGUACAACAGCCUACAGCUUUUGUAGCUGGAGGAAGCACGGCCCUUACUUCCUAUUCUGCAUCCCGCGACCGUGACAGCGGCACACCUUUCGAGUCGAAACCACGGACGGAUGGAAUCCCGUUGCCUAUCACGAAAGAGGUCGUCCCUGACUAUUCCAGCUUUGAAGAGGCGGAGGCAGCCUUCGUGAAGUUGCUGCGACGGUCGAAUGUGCAACCGGAUUGGACAUGGGAACAAGCAAUGAAGGCGACGAUCAAGGAUCCGCAAUACCGGGCCUUGAAAGACCCAAAGGACAGGAAAAUAGCGUUCGAGAAAUAUGCGGUCGAGGUUCGCCAACAAGAGCGCGAAAAGGCCAAAGAGAGACUGGCUAAGCUACGCACAGAUUUUGGCAACAUGCUAAGAACGCAUCCAGAGAUCAAACACUAUAGCCGAUGGAAGACCAUUCGACCCAUUCUCGAAGGUGAAACCGUCUUUCGGUCAACCGACAAUGAGGACGAGCGAAAGCAGCUCUUUGAAGAGUACAUUGUGGAGCUCAAGAAAAAAAACAUCGAGCAGGAAGCCGCGGGACGAAAGACGGCGUUGGAUGAUCUCGCUUCCAUCCUGAAAGCACUCGACCUGGAGCCUUACACUAGGUGGUCGCAGGCACAGGAAAUCCUGCAGUCUAAUGAGAGGAUUCAAAAAGACGAGAGAUUCAAGCUUCUGAGUAAGUCAGAUGUUCUCACGGCCUUUGAAAAUCAUAUCAAGUCACUUGAAAGAAGUUUCAAUGAUGCACGACAGCAGCAGAAGGCCAGCAAAGCUAGACGGGAGCGUCAGAAUCGCGACAAGUUCCUCGAGGUGCUCCAGGGCCUGCGGAGUCAGGGCAAGAUCAAGGCUGGCACCAAAUGGAUGAGCAUAUUGCCACAAUUUGAGGAUGACCCGAGGUAUGUUGCAAUGCUGGGUCAGGCUGGAUCCACGCCUUUGGACCUGUUCUGGGAUAUGCUGGAAGAAGAGGAGCGCGCGCUCCGAGGACGAAGGAAUGACGUUUAUGACGUGCUUGAGGACAAGCGAUACGAGGUCAACGCAAAAACGUCCUUCGAUGAGUUCUAUGAUAUUAUGCUUACUGAUCGGAGAACAGCCAACACUGAUCGAGAUGUGCUGGAGCUCAUCUUCCAACGCUUGCACGAGAAGGUCCUCCGAAGAAGCGAGGACGAAAAACAUGCUGCAGAUCGUCACCAACGUCGUGCCGUGGAUGCGCUCAGAUCGCGCAUUAAGCAUUUGGAGCCGCCUGUCCGGAUCACAGACUCGUGGGACGACAUCAAGUCUCGCGUUGAGAAGACAAGCGAGUACAAUGCCGUGGAAGAUGAAGAUCUACGAAAGUCCGCCUUUGACAAGGUCAUCAGGAGACUAAAAGAGAAGGAAGAGGAUGCUGAAAGAGACCGGGAACGAAAACACGCACGGCGAGGGGAUGAUCGUGAUUACCGUAAUGGUCACCGUGGGGAGCCCCGUCAUGGCCGCCCUUCAAAGUCGCCUGAGCCGGACGCUUAUGAGGCUGAUCGUCGCAAAGCCAUGGCUGCCAGGGAAAAGCAGUAUCGCAAGACCAGCUCCCUGGGCCUAAGUCCACCGCCUACUUCUUACCGUGAACGCGAACGACGAGAACGCGAUGAGAGGCAUGGACGCCUCGAUCGCGACCGCUCUCCGCCAUCCAGGCAUGUCGGUGGUUAUGAGCGUGACCGACGCGACCGUGAAGAAGAACGAGAGCGCCUGUACCGAAGUCGAGCAGACCCUCGUGGCAGUAGGGAUGAGCUCAAUUACGGCGAAGAGUCACGAAGCGUGACCGGAAGCGAGCGGAGGAGACGAAGAGGUGAUGGCAGCGAUGCGGAAAGUGUCGACAGCACGCACCGGAGCGCCAAGCGGCAUCGUCCUGACAGAGUGGCCUCCAAAGAACAAGCCAAGAGCAAGACCCCCGAGCCGAUCAAGAACGAGCCUCCAGUUGAGGAUCCAGUUGGUGUGCAUUCCGGAAGUGAGGAAGGAGAGAUCGAAGAAGACUAGGUGUAGUUGUCUCAAGGUCGAUAUGUUGAAUCUCAUCAGGUCAGUGUGCUGCGACAUGAUUUUCGUUCACAGGCUACUACUGCUUGCUGGUAUGCGCUGAGAUCAGAGCCCAGCAACAGAGAAGACUUGCGAGUCACGUCUUGCCACGGCCGGCAUGUGAAUCAUUCCGAGCUGCCAAUCUCCAGCCACUUUUUCGACACUUUGUCGGUAUGUAGUACCCAUGCACUGGUUUCUAAUCAAGUGUUUCGCAGUUUCCAGCAGAGCUUGUCUUGCAAAGUGCCUCUUGAUGCUUGCAGGUACGUAUGAUUAUUUUUGCGCUGUUUGAUUGAUUAGGUGCUUCGGGUUCACGCGAGGCUGUUUGUUAGCAU